AUGGAGGCACUGAUAGCCAAAGCAGACGCCCUCCCACCCGUCUCCAAAAAACGCAAAACCUCCCACUCCUCUCUACAAAAGAAAAACAUAUCAGAUUACACCGCCCAAUCCAUUUCCAAGUCCACCUCUACCCCCAAAUCCCUUCGACAUCCUCUCCCCCUGUCCUCCGCCUCUGAAAAAAAUGUGCAUACAUACAAACACAUACCGAACAAAAAAUUACGCGGGGAGCUGACUAGACAGUCGGCCCAUUCCGUUCGGGCCAAGGCGCUUUUGGAGGAUGCACAAGAGAUGUUGGCGAUGGAGGAAAAGGGCGGGAUUGAGGUGGAGGGUGAGAUGGAGAGGACGUGGAGGAUUGGCCAGAGUGAUAUAGUACAGGCUGUUGGGCAGGAGGCAGGGAGGGGAAGGAGGGAGGUUAAAUUGGAGGGGGGACCUUACAGGGUUAGGUAUACGAGGAAUGGGAGGCAUCUGGCGAUAGCUGGUCGGACAGGCCAUGUAUCGACGUUCGACUGCCAAACGGGAACGGUACACGCUGAAUUGCAGCUACAGGAGACAUGUCGCGAUAUCACUUUCCUACAUGACCAGACAUACUUCGCCGUAGCCCAAAAAAAAUACGUCUAUAUCUACGACCACGAUGGCGUCGAACUUCACUGUCUAAAAUCACACAUCGAGCCAACAAGGCUCGAGUUCCUGCCAUACCACUGGCUUCUCGCAUCCGUCGGAAACUCAGGCUACCUCAAAUACCAAGACACAUCAACCGGUACCCUCCUCUCCUCUCACCGCACAAAGCUAGGGUCAUGUACCACAAUGGCUCAAAACGUGCACAACGCCGUCAUUCACCUCGGACACCAAAACGGGUGCGUAACCCUCUGGACACCUAACCUCCCUCACCCCGCCGUCCAAAUCCUAGCCCACCUAGGCCCAGUAACGAGUGUAUCGGUAGAUCCUAGUGAGGGGGGACGAUAUAUGGCUACUGCUGGAAGAGAUGGCACUGUGAAGGUUUGGGAUUGUAGAAACUGGAAGGGGGCUGUCAGGGAGUGGAGUACGAGGGGUACGGGUGGGACGGAGCUUGAGUGGAGUGCGAGGGGCUUUUUGGGUGUUGCGAGUGGCGGGAGCGUUAAUGUCUACCAACCCCCAACAAUCCACACACCCCACCUCCACCACUCCCCUCCCCCGCUCUACCUAACCCACCCCCUCCCCUCAACCGCCUCCCGCCCAAUAACCUCCAUCCGCUUCACACCCUUCCAAGACGCACUCACACUUGGCCAUUCAUCCGGACUGUCAACCAUCCUCGUACCAGGCUCUGGAGAACCGAACUUUGACUCGUCCGAAGCUGAUCCGUUCGAAUCUAAAAAAGCUCGUAGGGAACGUGAAGUCCGCGCGUUACUUGAUAAAAUCCAGCCAGAUAUGAUCGCUUUGGAUCCGGAGUUCGUUGGGAGGUUGGCGCCUGAGACAAAGUUGACCACGAGGGCGGAGAUGCUGAGGGAAAAGAACAGUGGGGGGGGAAAGGGAAAGAAGGAGGGAGAGGUACCGUUUGCGAGGAUGAGCAGGAUGGAGAGGUUACGUGUGGCUGGGAAGAUGGAUGUGAGUGAGGUUGUGGGGAGUGAUGACGAAGGUGCGGGUGGUGUUGAAGGCGGGGAGGGUGGGGAGGGUGAGAGAAGGAAAGAAAGUAAAGAGGAGAGGGAGAAGAGGAAGAUGAGGGGGAAGGGAAAGAGUUUGAAGAGGUAUUUGAGAAAGCAGAGGAAGAAUGUCGUUGAUCCUGCUGCGCUCGCCAUCCGAGCAAAACUGGAGAAACAAAAAGAAGAGAAGAAGAGGGCGCGCCUCGCAGCAGCUGCUGGGGGUGCUGGAGAACCUGCUAAGAAAAAGUCGGCUUUGGAUCGGUUCAAGCGGUCGACUUGA